CGUUCUUCCUGCUUCUUCACCAAAUUUCCGAUUUCGUUUUCUCUCUGAAGCAAAAAAAAACAACAACUUGAAGUUCUCAGAGAUGAAUGCCGUGAAAGCUUACUUCAACAGGAAUUGGACAAGAGAAGACCUGAUGAAUACUGGAGAAGUUUCCGCGUACGCUUACAGAAGCUUGACGAUGGUGUAUCUUUCUCUCUUCUGUUUCAUGUUGAGCUUUACUCUUGGAUCACUCUUGCACUCGAUCAACCGGGAAGUGGGAGGGCUGUUCACAGUCCUUUCUUCCGUAGCAAGUUUACUCUGGCUUUACUUUGAAUCACCAUUGAGAGAGAGGCUGAGGCUCUCACUAAUGCUGUAUGCAGCCUGUACCUUGGGUGCUUCUUUUUGCCUUGUUACCAAAAAUCUCUUCAAAGUUCAUCCACCCUUUAUUGUCGACCUUUUGGAAGGUUCAACAUCUAGCUUUGGAGUUAUCUGGUAUGGAUCCUCCAAGUAUACGAGGGAAAGGAGAGAAAUCUACAAGGCUUGUCUGACUUUUUCUUUUUCUCUAAUAUGCUCCAGCAUAUUUUUUCAUGGUAUAGAUAUGCUUAACACCCACACAGUUCAUUGGGCGUUUAAGGUAAACGCUGCACAAGCAUUGUUGAUGGUGUACUUGGUGAUAUAUAGCCAAGAUUUACUGUAUAAUGCUGACAUAGGAGAAAUUAACACUGUCGAUCGCGCACUCGCCUUCUUCUUCCAUUCACCGGGUAUAGUGGUCCAUGCUGCAAGAGUUUGCCUGACUGCAGAAAAUGAGCAACACAGAGAAGAUUACUACUAUACACUUGGAACUAUAGAAUAAAUAGAGAGUUUAUAGCAAAUGAUGGGGAACUGUAAAUGAUGAAAAGUAUUCCUUUGUGGCUACAUUUUACUGAUUGAAUUUGAAAUUCGUUAGUCUGA